CGGCGCGACAGUGAUGACCUCACUUCCGCUCCCCCCCGCCGGUCUUGGGUCUACUAGCAACGGCGUUGGAAAAUCAAAACGCAAACAUCUCACUGGCCUCGGCUUCCCUCGCAGUCACAACGGUCGCGCUUCCGCGGAAGUUGGGGAACGACACGCUGACAGACGUUGGGUCCGUACGACAACAUGGCUGCGCCCAGUGGGCUCUCUAAUCUGUCUGGAAAAUCUAAACCAGAAAGCAAGUAUGAAUUUCAGUUCCAAUUUCUAAGAUACUGUCCUUGAAAAGGAGAGCGAUGUCUGUGGUGCAUCAGCUGUCAGUUGGGUGGCUACUGGAUCAUCUUUCCUUCAUCAACAAGGGUGGCUACCAGGUUUGCCCAUCCUGUGAAUACCCUGUUCCUUCAGCGUCUGAUGUUGCUCCUGUUUCUUCUACCCCUGCUAAGGAGGAUCUUGUUGCUUCUUCCAUUGUAGCUACUACUUACUCUACUGGAACUUCAGUAGAGAAAACUGAGGCAACACUAAAGACAAAAUAUGUUUUUCGAGAAGAGUUCUUUCAUGUUUUUAAGCCCCAUAUAGUUUCAGCUUCUCAAGAGAUGUCCCAGCAAGAAAGCUCUGAUGCUGGUCCCAAGAAUGGAAAGGACAAUGGCAAUGAAACUGAGCAACACAAAGGAGCCAAGAACAGUGAUGGGGAUUCGAUUGCCAGUGCUAGGAAGAAACGUAAAAGAAAGUAUAGUGCUUUCAACCAAGGGGAACUAGAUGCUUUAGAAUACCAUGCAAAGAUUCGGGGCCUGAUUUUGGAGGGCACCAGGUGUUUAAUCGAAGAAGGACUCAAAAGUGGUUUUCUUCACCCUGUUUCUGAAAAGCAAAGCAGCAUCAAGAAUCUUGUUACAGAACAUGUUGGCUGUGCAUUGGCUGAAUUAUGUGAAAUGGCAAAAGAUUUUCCUUCUAUUAAUGAAAAUGACCAUCGACCUGCACAAAUUAUAGAUGAGGAAACAUCCAUUACAGAGCAGGAUCUGCUUUCAUGCGUUACAGAAAACAAUACAGAUUAUGCAAAGAUAAUACAUUUAAUGGGGCAGAAGUACCUGGUGCCACCAAAAAGCAGGUUCCUUUUAUCUGAUAUUUCCUGCUUGCAACCACUUCUGAAUUAUGAGAAUAAAUAUGAUGUAAUUGUGAUAGAUCCACCAUGGCAGAACAAGUCUGUUAAAAGAAGUAACCGAUACAGUCACUUGUCUUCAUGGCAAAUCAAGCAAAUUCCCAUACCAGAACUAGCUGCUCCUAAUUGUCUUGUGGUCACAUGGGUGACCAACAGACAGAAGCACCUACGUUUUGUUAAGGAUGAACUUUAUCCUCAUUGGUCUGUGAAGACUCUUGCUGAGUGGCACUGGGUGAAAAUUACCAAAUCUGGAGAAUUUGUAUUUCCAUUAGAAUCUUCCCACAAGAAACCCUAUGAAGUUCUUGUGUUGGGGAAAGUUCAAAGAAGCGUAGAUUUGCCAUUAAGGAAAUCAGACAUGGAAGUUCUUCCAAUUCCAGAGCACAAAUUAAUUGUCAGCGUACCCUGCAUUCUUCAUUCACACAAACCUCCUCUUACUGAAAGCAGGCUGAAGAAGUUUGGAAAGACUUGGAGUGGAAGGUGGUGAGGUUUGAGAUGAUUCUUGGUUCCUGGGAAUUUGUUCUACAUUUUUGGAUCGGCUCCCAAGAAGCUCUGUCUUCUGCAUUGAUGAGAUUUACUCCUUGUAGUAGAAAAUUACAUCUCAGCUGAAGAGCAGAGCAGUCCAUGGGUACAUUACUAGUCUCAACUCCUUUUUCAAGCUUGACCAAGAGGGAGGUUUUGAAAUGUUUAGUUUGGAGAGUGUUUUUUACGUUUUUCUUUUUCUUUACUAGUGUGUGUUUAAUAUACACGUGCCGAGAGACAAAUAAUUCGUCACAAUUUAGUAUUCUGAAAUAUAAGGAAGCUUGAAUCCAUGACUAUAUGUCAGCAAUGUCCUGCAAUAAUCCCUGGAAUUAGUCUUUUUGAAUGAUUAUCAGGGUUGCCUGAGCGAUCUAGUUAUCAGUGAGCAGGACUUUAUUAAAAGUCCCGGAGGAAAAUGGAGAACUUAUGGAGUUUCUGUCAUCUAUUCAGGACAGCCACACUUUCAGGUACCUCUGCACUUGUCUGUGGAUCAAAUAACUGGCUGAUGGUACUCCUUAAUGUCUUCCAGCAUAACCCAUGUUCUUCUGUCCUAUAGAAUGUAAUGUGAUUGGCUCCCAGACAGGCAGAAGAAAAAUUAUUACUUUUUCUGAUAGGAGCUGUGAUGUAGAUGCUCAGCCAUCAGGGACAGCCAGGAGAGGAGAGAGAAGGCGGCUUCAUUCCUCCCCUCUCCUGUCUCCUCAACUCCUGCUCUGUGAUGGGGCAGGAGGCAUAGUGUUCCUCUCCCUUCCUAUCUAGGGAGAAUAAAGUAUUUUGGACCAAAUUCAGAGGAGAAAGUCCAUGUUGUUUUUGUCAAAGAUGAAAGGUUAAAAAAAUACUUCAAAUAUGUUCAGGGCUGGCAUAAAGAAGAUAGUGAUCAAUUGUUCUCCAUGUCCACUGAAGGUAGGACAAGAAGUAAUUAGCUUAACCCGAAAUAGGGGAGAUUUAUGUCAGAUAUUAGGAAAACAUUUCUAACUAGAAGGGUAGCUAAAGUUUGGAAUAGGCUUCCCAGGGAGGUUGUAGAUUCCCCAUCAUUGGAGGUUAAGAACAGGUUGGACAAACACCUGCCAGGGAUGGUCUGGAUUUACUUGUUACUGCCUCAGUACAGGGUUCUGGCCUUGAUGACUUCAAAAUCCUUUCCAGUCCUGACAUUGUUAUGAUUCUGUGAGUAUGAUUUGAGGGAGGGGAAUCACAUAGCUAGUGGCAUAGGAGAAAUGGGUGGGAGAAAGUAUGGCGGAAGAGGGAAAUGUGGCAACAGAACUCCUGGUGAUGAGAAUGGGAGAACCUACUUGGUGGUAUGGGAGAUAGAGGUCAGACAGAGACAGUGCUGAGGGAGGAAAGGUGGGCAGAGACCCUGGCAUGGGGUUAGGGGAAAAUGGGCUGCACAAAUCCCCUAGUAUUUCAGCAGCUGAGUGGGCAAUCUUGAUGUGGGUAGAUGCGGGAAUUGGAGGAGCAAACGGAACCCUUGGUGUGGGAUGAGACCAAGAGACCCUGCUACAGGGAGGGGAGGAAUGGGGGGUAGAGGAGGUAUGCACACCUACUAGUGGGAAGGGAGAUUGGGGGUUCUUGGGCUAGUGAGGGGAAAUCAGGCCCUAGAUAGGAAGGUAUAUUUCAGCUGUCAUGUGGCAGAAGGAGAAGCUGGGGACACACAGAGCCCUGGCCAUGGGGAAGAGGCACGGAGGAAGGGUGAGGGAAGUUGUAGGGAGUUCCUGCAAUAUAGAGGGAGGAGAGGAUGAUGAACGUGGUGUGUGUAUGGGGGGGAAUAGAGGAAUACAAGAAUACAAUGGCAUGUGCAAAAUGCUUAGCCUCCACAAGCAGUGUGUGGCAGGGAGGCAAAGGGGUCACUUGCCCCAGGGCCCGGUGAUUCAAAGGGGCCUGGGCUCUCGGCUGCUACUGCGGCAGCACCUGGAGCCCCAGAUCCUUUAAAUCGCUGCUGGAACACCAUACCUUGUGCUCCCUGUGGCUCUGAGGAUUCGAGGGGUGGAGGGAUAAGGUAGGAGGCUAGCGGUCUCAGCCCAGCCCUUCCACCUGAGGCCCCUCCUCUUCAGGGAGUGCAGAACUGGCUCUCCCACACUUUGUCCAGGGGCCCUUGGAGGCUGUUGGCCUCCUGCAUGCAGCUCAUAGAAUGUAGACAGCAAAGCAAGUAGACUACUGCUUUGGGCACUAUUGAAAACAUUUGGAUAGCCCUCAAAGAGAGCCCCAGCUACUGAUCUGUACAGUAGGCAAAUGUGGGGUGAGAAAAUACACUCAGGUCUAUUUCAAAGAGAAGUUCAUAAUCCCUUGUCCAAGAAGAGAUAGCAAAAUGUAGACUUGAAAGAUGCGACUACAUAUAAUUUCAGGAGGAGACCAGGGUUCCAAAGAAACCUUAGGUUACAAAUUUCCUUAUCAAAAAGUUAUUGUAUCCCUUAUCAUUGAGGAAACAGAUGCAGUUCCUACCACUGUCACACCCUCCAGAGGCUUCUCCCUAACCACCAUUUUUUUUAUGUAAGGCCUCCUUUAGCCAACUAUCUCGCAUUGGUGUCAGACUCUGGAGAGACUGCCAUCCAAUUAUGACAAAAGUGAUUUAGGUCACUGGCAUAUUGGUGAUAUUGCAUCUCAGAAUGUCUGGUUUCUCUUGGUAUAGGGGUUCUUAAACUGGGGAUUGUGACUCCUAAGGGGUUUGUAAGGUUAUUACAUGGAGGUCAUGAGCUCUCAGUUUCCAUCCCUAAGCCCUGCUUCAUCUCCAGCAUUUUUUGGUCUCGGUCUCGGUCUCGGUCUCGGUCUCGGUCU